AUGGCCGAUAAACGCAUCAGACCAGUGAAACAGAGUGGCCCCGUGGCAAAAUGCGUAUUCAACGCUGUUCCGUAUCAAGUGGAGUUGGGAUCAACCGACGUGCUUCAGGCAGACCAAACCUGGUUAGAAGAGUUUGUGCGUUUACGCCCCAUUAGUCUAAUGCGCCCCCAAGCCGAACGGGGACAAGUUGAUAAUGAAUGGCUAUUAACAGCGAUGAUGGCACAGGCCGCAAAGGUGGACUGGUCGAAUCCUUCUCUGCAAGAAAUGCUUGGACAUUCGGCGGAAAGUGCAGAAUGA